AUGUCAUCUUUGAACAGACCUCAACAGAAGAAGCAACCGAGCCGUAAGGGUAAGAAGGCUUGGAGAAAAAACAUCGACAUUGACGACAUAGAACAGGCUAUUGAAGAGCGUCGUGAUGAAGUGAUUGCAUUUGGUGAACAUGCCGACGAUUUGGACCAUGACAAGCUGUUCACGAUUGACGUUGCUGGUGAUGAAAAGCUUGCGAAGAAGAAAUCUGUCAAAUCAUACAAAGUCACAAAGAGCUCGGAGAUCUUGGCCCAGAGAUCGAAGGCUCCGGGUUUUGUCAAUGCUCAUAAGAAGAGUGAUGACAAAGUUGGCGGUGUGAAGAAGAAAGAGAUCCAUAGACUGAUGAAGUUGGCAGGCAGGGUACAAGGUGAGUCACAGGUGAAGACCAUAGUUGCCAAAGAAGGUAUCAUUAAUACACCUGCGUACGAUGUUUGGGGAGAAGUUCAACCACAGCAUAAGAAGUCGAAGAAGGACAAUGUUUCUAAACCAGAGAUCUUGGAGAAAUUCAGCUCCACAAGCUGGACGAAGGCUAAGAACUUACCAAAGACCAUCAAACAUGCCCCAUUAAAGGUCAGAGACUUUGAAAAGCUGCCGCAUGCGGGUAAAUCCUACAAUCCAUCUUUGGACUCCUGGAAGUCUUUGAUUCAGAGAGAGUUUGAGAAUGAGAACGAGAAGGAGCAGAAGAGAUUGGCAUUAGAAGAGCACAGGGAGAAGAUUCAACUUUUGAUUGAAACACUGGAGGCUAAGGAGGAAGACGAUGAUGGUAAUGAUGACGACGAGGAUGAUUCAGAAGAGGAGGAGAAGGCCGAAGACAGCACCUCUCUUUCCUUGAAUAAACCAACUGCUCUGAAAAAGAAGACCAAGACCCAGAGAAACAGGCAAAAGAGACACCAAGAACGUCUGGAGUUGGAGAAACAACUCAAAGAUCUGAAACACCAUAUCCACGAGUUGGAAAAACUGCCAGUAUACGAACAACAAGUCAUCACUGCAGUGACGAAGAAGGACAACUUUGACCAUGAAAAGGAUCUGGUUGCAAAGAGAAACAAACUUGGAUCCAAGUACAAAGUUGAGGAUUCCAUGGUUGAAGUGAAACUCAGCGACGAGCUAUCCGAUUCUCUAAGAAAGUUGAAAGCUGAAGGUAACUUGCUCUACGACCAGAUGAGAUCCAUGCAAAGUAGUGGUAAGAUUGAGACCAGAAGACCAACCAAGCAGAAGAGAAAAUACUCUCCAAAAAUCACUGAGAAAUGGACCUAUAAGGAUUUCAAAUGA